AAUAUGUGUGGAAACAAAUCUAUAAAGGAUGAUUAAUAUACAACAACUUAUGAUUGUUUACAAAUCUAUACAAAGCAAGAUAUAUAUAGAAACAAAUCCGAAAUUUUAAUGACAAAGAUAAACAAUGCAAUUAAGGAUUUGUUUGUUUGGGAAAGAAAACAAAAAAAAGAAAUAUGACAAGAGACAAGAGCUCCAGAAACACGUGUCCACUAUUUGAACGCUACUCUCUCUUCGUCUUCUCUCUCUCUCACAAUCCAAUUUCUCCAGAUAAAACCUAAAUAAAAUCCCUUUCUGCGCAUGUUAGCAAGAUAUGGUUCCAGAGUAAACUGAAGACCAAACAAAAAAAAACGCUUUUCUCUCCUUCAAUUUCUCCGUCUCUCUCUCGUUUUCCAUGGCCGAGUUACAGUUAGUAGAAGGUCACCAGAUUAACGGCGGUUUUAUCCCGCCGGCGAUAAUAAACUCAAUCGAAGCACCGGAAACAUCCGCCGCAGCCGGAGUUUCAGUCGGAUCGAAACGAUUGAGAAGACCUAGCGUUAGGUUAGGAGACAUCGGCGGUGACCAGUACCACCAACACGUGGUUGCGGCGUACGAUUCUCCGCAAGUCCGACGGCCGAAAUGGAGACCUAGUGGUGGUGGUGGUGGUGGUGGUGGUAACAGGAAGGAGCCGAAUAAUCAGAGUGGGAAGACGACGUCGUCUUCGAGGACUCGAACUAUGACGAAUUUGAGCUCCGGUGGGUAUGAGAAUACUGGAACCCUAGAUGAAGAUCCGGUUUCGAUUGGGAGUUGGCGGGUUAAGAAAUGGGUCAAAUCAUCCGGUGGAGAGACGGCGGCGACGACGACGACGAAUACAGCUUCGGCGAAGCGAGUUAGGUCGAAUUGGGCGACGAGAAACGAUGGUGUAGAGCAAGGAGAUGAGAAAUUCAGUGGAGAGGAAGAAGAAGAGGAAGAGGAUGAAGAAUUGGGAGGAGAAGAAGGGUUUAGGGAUUUCAGCAGAGAAGAUUCGGAGAGUCCGAUGAAAGAACGAAGACGGUACGAGAAUAGAGAGGUUGAAUUGUUAGGAGAUUGGCAAAGUGGAGGAAGAGGAAAAGAAGGAGUGAAGAUAUGGUUACAAGAGUUAGGGUUAGGGAGAUAUUGGCCAAUGUUUGAGAUGCAUGAAGUUGAUGAACAAGUGUUACCAUUGUUGACAUUGGAGGAUCUUAAAGAUAUGGGGAUUAAUGCUGUUGGGUCUAGGAGGAAGAUGUAUUGUGCAAUUCAGAAGCUUGGGAGGGAGUUCUCGUGAAAAAUGGUGGAAGAGUUUUGUUUUUUGUGACCAGCCAUUGGCAAUGUCUGAAACUUAAUUCUCUCUUUUGAUGUUUUUUUGGUUUGAAUGUAACAUUUUAGUUAGUUUGUUGUAAUGGUAGAGGAAGAUGAAGAAGGAUUAACUUAUUUGUGAUUGUUGUACCUUGUGGUUUUUGAUGGUUGGGAACUUAAUUGACCAAUUUAUCCAAAACCUUUUGAU